AUGAGUACAUCUACACAUACUUCGCUUGAGUUUCUUACUAAGGACUUUUCCUCACUUAAAGAGGAAAUUCCGUUUCUUGCAAAGAACUUGACAAGUUACAUCACCUUUGAUAAUUUGUUCUACUACACUUUGGCCUGUAUUGCAUUUAAUCCGAUUUUCUGGAACAUUGUUGCUCGUUUACAGUACCGUACCAAGUUUAUCACCAAAGUCACCAGGUCCGCCAAGUUGGGUUGUUACUUGUUAGCCAUUACAAUUUUCUCGUUGGGCAUUUACCGUGACUCUGUAUAUCACGAAUUACUCAAGGCGCAACCUACUUACCAACCAUUGUUAGAUUCCUUCAUUAUUAAAGCAGUGGCCGUUGUUUCAUUUGCAGUGGGUAAUAUCUUUGUCAUCACUUCAAUGUGGAGUUUAGGUGUCACUGGUACUUACUUGGGUGACUACUUUGGAAUUUUAAUGAAAGAAAGAGUCACGGGGUUCCCAUUCAGUGUCAAUAACAACCCAAUGUACAAUGGAAGCACCUUGUGUUUCUUGGGAACCGCACUCUGGUAUGGCAAACCCGUGGGGUUGGUGGUUACGUUGUUUGUGUGGGUGAUGUAUAAGAUUGCCUUGCUUUUCGAAGAGCCAUUCACGGCUAAGAUUUACGCGUAUCACUUGAAGUUGGAUUGA